AUGGCGGUGGCGUGGGCACUCGGGACCUUCAGCGGAUACGGAUGGCUGUACUCGUCGACAGGGUUGGUGCUGCCCGCUCCGUCGUCCUCUUCAUCUCUCUCGAGCAGUGCCAACACAGGGGCGCAGGUGAUGCCAUCCGCUGUACGACCGUCGUGGCUGUGGCUUGUGGUGUCGCUCCUCACCGGCCUCUUCAGUGGCAUCCUGUGCAGGGUGAAGGACAUUGUGGAUGGCAAGCAUGCCUGCGAUACACAUCUCUUUCCGCUGCUGGAACGCUAUGAGGAAUUCUUUGAGGACGUAGAGCUGGGGUGCGCCGCUGGCGCCGGUGACGAUCAUCACGAUGAUCGCGGCGCUGGCUCCCUUUCCGCUGCACUACCCUCAUCUCCCUCCUCUCCUCUGUCUGCUGUGCUGCGUUACCGCCGCAUCUGCAUGUCCACCUCCCACCAUCGUGUCAGUCUCGGUGACCGACUCUACAUGGUCGUGCCCUUCUGCACUGGCCAGUGGUUUUCGUUCAUCCUCCACCACGGGUGGCGUGGCAUCAUUGUGGAGAACGGCACCAUCUUGCUUUCCCUCAGCUUGGUAGGCUACACGAUGGUGAGCUACAAGUUUCUGAAGCGGCAGGUACUGCGGGUGUCCGGGCGGGUGACCCUCUCGGCGACGGCGCGCAGUCGCAACCGUCGCCACAAGCGCCGCCUCCAGCAGCAGGACGGGGCUGCUGUGGUCUCCGAAGAGGAUGCAGCAGAGGAUGGGACGGGUGCCGAUUUUCUCGAGGACGUCGGGGAGGUGGCGGUUCUCGACGUCAUGGAUCUCAUCUCGAAGCUGUUCACGACGUCUUUUGGUGGUGUUGUGCUAGUGGUACUGGGGCUGAACCUCUUCAUGACGUCCCUCUGUAUCCCCUUUCUGAAGGCGCUCUUCAAGCUCAACGCGCUCGUCAGCGGCGUCGGGAUUGUGAUCGAGCUCAUCAUGUACGAGGUGGGCUGA